UUGUAGUCUCGUGGCGGCCGAUGGAACCUCGACUCGUGGGCCCGGGGCCCUACCGAGCAACUCGGCUGUGGAAUGAGACUGUUGAGCUCUUUCGAAAUGGAAUGCCUUUACGGAAACAUCGUUCUCACUUCAAAAGCUAUGAACGUUGCUUCACAGCUUCCGAGGCAGUGGAGUGGUUGCACAGACUGCUAAGAUGCAACCAGAACUUUAGCCCGGAAGUAACCCGUGCUCAAACGGUUCAGCUUCUGAAAAAGUUCCUGAAAAAUCAUGUUAUUGAAGAUAUCAAAGGAAGAUGGGGCAAGGACGAUUUUGAGGAUAAUGGUAAAUUAUAUAGGUUUCCUCCUUUCUCACCAUUAAAACCAUACCCUAAACGAUCUCCUUACCGAAAAGAAAUUGUGAAAUUCCCAAACUGGAAUGACUUUGAAAGAGUUACUUUCCAAGAGCACAUCCCAGUGAAACCUAUCAUACUGAAUUCUGAAAUGUGGUUCAAACGUCACAGCAUAGCAAUUGGAGAAGUACCAACAUGCAAACUUAUACAUCGUCGACAGUUAACAGAGGCAAAUCUAGAAGACAUAUGGAAGUCCAGGACAUUGACAUACUUGCAAAAAACUUUAGGUCUGGAUUCUCUGAAUGAUAUUCUGGACACCAAACUUGUAAAUCCAAAGGACAUCAUUCAGAAUGUGUAUAAUGUCAACAAACAAGGAACUGUCAUUUUAGAAGAUAAAUCAAAAGAGGUUCCUCACUGGGUUCUGUCAGCAAUGAAAUGCUUAGCAAACUGGCCCAGAUGUCCAGAUCUGAAACAGCCCACCUAUUCAGGUUUUGAAAGAGAUGUCUUUAGAACCAUAGCAGAUUAUUAUGCACACAUGAAGGAGCCUCUUCUCACAUUCCAGUUCUUUGAUGUUUUUGUGAGUGUGCUAGGAAUCUUGCAGGAAAAGAAGCUAGCCACUGAAGCCUUGCAGAUUUGUUGUCUUCUCCUGCCACCAGCGAAUCGUCGCAAGCUACAGUUGCUGAUGACUCUGAUGGCUAAGAUCCAGUCAAAUAAAGAUCUUCCACCUCUUUCAGAUACACUCGGAACAAGAACAAUGAUGGUUCAAGCCUUUUCUCGUUGCAUUCUUUGUUCUAAAGAUGAAGUGGACUUGGACGAACUAUUAGCAGCUAAAUUGGUGUCAUUCAUGAUGGACAAUUAUCAUGAGAUCUUAAAUGUUCCUUCUGCCUUAAAAGCAGCAGUUGAGGAACAUAUAGCAUAUCUCCAAAGAGUCCAGAUAAAAUAUCCAGAAUCUGAUAGAGAUGCUAUUUUGCCUGCUCCAUCAUUUUGUCAUCAAAUCAGCACUGAUGAGUUUGAACACCAAAAAGCAAAUUGCUGUCAAGGGCCACCAGCAAACUUGUUGGAAGAAAUCACAGGGAAUAUGGAAAUGUCCAUCAAAGAAAAAAAGAAAAAGUUGAAACAGUUUCAGAAAGCUUAUCCUGAUAUAUAUAAGGAACGCUUUCCUACUCCUGAAAGUGAAGCAGUUCUUUUUCCAGAAAAAAAUAAACAGAAACCACUGUUGAUGUGGGCAUUUAAAAGGCCUUUCCCGCCAUUUCAAAGAACAAGAAGCUUUCGCAUGUAAGACUGUGAACAAGCUGAAUCUCUGUAAUUAUUUCAGAAUUAUACCUUUGGAACAUCUGAAAUUCCAUGUAGGUGCUGAAACAUGUUUAACAAAGAGGAAAAUCAAGGCGGAACACUGCUAGGCUGAGCCAUUAUCAGUAUUUUGCAGAAAAUCUUUUGGUGUUUUUAAAAUUUUCUUUAUGUUGUUUAAGUCAAGGUUAGGAAAUAGUGAACUGAUUCAGAUGAUCACAUCAUUGCGUAUGAGAGAUUAGACCGAAAUAGGAAGAGUUCUUUUGCUUAUACAAGUCACAGUUAAAUCAAGAAGUCUCUAAUAAGUCUUUGUUUCUAGUAUCAUCCAAACUGAACAUGAGUUGUUAUUAGUAUAAUAACAAAACCACCGGAGGCAUUCUAGUAUUAUCCUAGUGACUGGGCAAGUUCAGACUCAGUGUGAUGGGUGAAAUAGGUUGCUACGGCUUGCACAGUAAACUAAGUUUAAAACAAACCUUGGCUUAGAGGAAUUUGUGAACCCCAUGACAGUCUCUAGAGAGGAGAGUAAGUAGUACAUUUCUAUUCCUUCUGUUGAAGUCUGAGGUUACCCUGAGAUCCUCAGAGCAUUUGGGGAGAGGUGCAGAAUCUGGGCUGAGUUCACAGAAUGGCUCUGUUCACUAAACUCCUUUAACUGGCCGUGGGAAAUAUAGUUUGCCACCCUAAUAAGAGGACUGGUCAAAUGAACCAACCAAUGCUGAGGUUGCAUUUGGCCCCAGACUUAGUGUUGUUUUGGAUCCCCCCUCCCGAAUCAGCUACAUCACCCAAAGAGAGGGUUAGAGGGUUAAACUUUUUUUUCUCUACAAGCAAUACAGUUCCAAAAAGGCCACAUAAAGAUUGCAUCUAUUUGCUCAUUUUAGCUUUCAUACAUACAUACAUACAUACAUACACGUGCACACACAGGUGUGUGAAAGAGAAGCAGGAUGGGGUAGAGGUCUUUAUUGUGCUGAGUGCACCACCACCAAUCUUUUUUACUCUCAUUUGGGGCAGAGAGGAGAAUGCUAGGCAGUGAAAAGGGAAGUACCAGCCUCCUUUGUGCCAGCUGAGAGGGCUGUAAAUAUGGAGACUGAAUGAUCGAUCGAGCUGCCAGCUCACAACAUUUACUGGAAGAAAGAGUGUCUUGGUAUGCAGUAUAGUGUGAAUGCAAUCUAUAUAUAAGCCCACAUAGGGAAUCAAUGAUGAAACAAAAGCUGCAAUUUACGUACUUGCAUCAAACAUUGAGAUGCAAGUACUUAAGGAGGGAGUUUAUGUCAAGAUGUCACCAUACGGACGUUAUCAUUUUGCUGCAAUCUUGGCUUGCUGAGAAUAUCUAUGGUAUUGUACUUUGUAAGCAAUCAUCAUGGAUUUGCUUUAUGUAUAAACCCGACCAUUGUGACGUAGUCAGUGAGCCAUACUUUAGACCAGUCAUGGCCUAAUAUGUUUUGUGAUCCCACCCAUUUCCUGCAAGACUCCUAUUAUUCCUAUUUCCCUCUAGUUUUAACAUUUUCUCUCCCUGCCUCAGGAGAAGGUGAUGUUAUAGUCUCAGAGGUGAGCACUUCAUUUCCCUUUUUCAGCCUAUUUCCUAAACUAUCCCAGCACAAAGAUUUAAAGAUAUUUGUACCUUGCCUUUCUUGUGCUUGAGUGAAUCUGAUAGUAGCUGAGUUUAUGCAUCACACAAGAUGGUUUAUUUGAUCAUGAUUUCUUGAACAAACCAAAGUGGCCUGUAUAAAGUUACUGGUGGUGGCUGGUAUAAUAAAGAUCUAUGCUUACUAGUUCCUUCUGACUAUUAAACUAAUUUUCAUAUUUUUAAGAUUCUAAUAUUUUUCACCAUAGUUUCCAGUUUGGACAAAAUGAACAAGUUACUUAGAGACUUCAAGAUUUAAUUGCCAUUUAGGUGAUGGGGCUAUGUGUAUAGGAAAAAUCCUUCAUAUUUUUGUUUGUUAACUUCAGAUGUGAUUGUCUAAUGCAGUUCACUGGGUAACAAUGACUACUGUGCCUGUCAUGGGAGGAUAUGAAAAAAUUAUCUUCAUGAAAGGAUAAACUGCACAUGUAGGUGGCACUGAAUUUUAGAAGACAACAUGUGUUAUCUACUUGAAUGAACCUGCAGCACUGGAUUGACUAGCUAAAGCUUUAUACCAUUGAUCUUAACAAGGAGCAAAUUGUAUACAUUCUUAGUCAGAUCCCUGAGUAAGAAUUUCAGAAAGGAACUUUGCAGGAUGAAGCCUUUUAUUACAUUACCUAUGUGAUACUUACACAAUACCAGACUGACUUCCGGGAAGCAUUCUGGCUGUAUCUA